AUGCUCCAACAUGCCAAAUCCAAUAAAAUGAAUGAUUUCAGGAUAUUCUCGAACAAAUCUGGCAUCGAUCUCAAUAUCACUUCCACGCUCGGUUGCAUACGGUUUGAUGCCGGUACUGAACUUGACGGAGUCGCUGGAAAGCAGGGACACAGUUAUAAACGACGCUCAGCUUUCGUUGUGGGCUGCCGAGGUUACGAGGACGCUUGUAAUCAGAGUCACUUCCCAUCGAUUUCACUUCGACCUGAUCAGCUCUACCAGCACAUUACCAUUUACCGAUUCUCAUUGGUUGAAUAA